UCGAGUCAAGACCGCAUUUCUCUCAGGCAGUGCUCCGAAUUUGGUUUGUCAUGCGCCGAGAGCUCAGCUUUGGAAACAAUUUCUCGAGUUCUUUGCCGUGGACCUUUUCUAACAAGAGGCUAAAUACAUUAUUUUGGAUACUCUUUUUUUUGUUUUUGUUGGCAUAACAUGUUACGCCUUUGAGCUUUUUCUUUAGGACAUGAUGUAGCCUAGCUACUGCACAAAAGAGGACGUGUGUCACUGUUGAGGGAUUGACAUCUAGAUAGAACGGGCUCCUUGUGUAGGCUUUCUCCCGCAAUAUCAUCAGUAGCCUAUAGGCUACACGGAUCAUACUACAGACAUUUCCAGCUCUUCUAUUAACUUACCGGACUCGUGAAAGAAUAGGCUAUAGCCUUAACGGAGUUAUUCGAAAUAAUUAUUGGGAAUCGCGUUCUUUUCCCUCGAUCAUCUGAGUAGAUUGAAAUCUGCAUGGUUUUCAGUGCGCAAGUACGAUAGCCUAUCCAUUGGGGAAAGACAAUAUUGUGUGAGCAAUUUUAUGACUUACACUUUCAAUGGGAUGACUACUUGAAGGGUAUAAUCGUUUUCACCGGUAUCAUCUUCUAAAACACGGAUGGGAUAUAUGGUUCUAGACUCUGAGAUGUGAUGUACUGGAUUUGUAAGGAGCUUUGACGAGAGAAGAAUCACUCCCAGGUCUGAAGGUGAUAUCAUCAACCUGAAAGCUUACUCCAUUGUCUUACUGAAGGGAUGGCACCCGAUUAGGAUAGGCUUUGAGGACCGUAAAACAGGACUGGGCGCAGCGGAGGGAACCGUAGCACACGGAGCACUUGCUUCAGGCCCACCAGGGAAGGCCUGACCCCUCCAUUGGGCGGAUCGGCAGCCAGGCGGAGGGGCCAUGUUGACUGCACGCCUGCUCCUCUUCGCCAGCCUGUUCGCGCCAGCAGCUCUGGCCUUCAGUCGAGCGCCCAUCCCCAUGGCUGUGGUGAGGAGGGAGCUGUCGUGUGAGAGCUACCCCAUCGAGCUGCGCUGUCCGGGCACUGACGUCAUCAUGAUCGAGAGUGCCAACUACGGCCGCACCGAUGACAAGAUCUGCGACGCAGACCCGGCACAGAUGGAGAAUACGCGCUGCUACCUGCCAGAUGCCUACAAGAUCAUGUCCCAGAGAUGUAAUAAUCGGACCCAGUGUGCUGUAGUGGCUGGACCAGAUGUAUUUCCUGACCCUUGCCCCGGAACCUAUAAGUACCUAGAAGUCCAGUACGAAUGUGUACCCUACAAAGUGGAACAAAAAGGCUCCUCAGUAUUCCUGUGCCCCGGCUUGCUGCGAGGGGUGUACCAGAGCGAACACCUCUUUGAGUCAGACCACCAAUCCGGUGCCUGGUGUAAAGACCCCCUCCAGGCCUCUGACAAGAUCUACUACAUGCCCUGGACGCCAUACCGCACGGACACGCUGACCGAGUACUCCUCCAAAGAGGACUUCAUCGCCGGGCGACCCACGACCACAUACAAACUACCGCACCGUGUCGACGGCACAGGCUUUGUAGUAUACGACGGCGCACUGUUCUUCAACAAGGAGCGCACGCGCAACAUCGUCAAGUUUGACCUGCGCACGCGCAUCAAGAGCGGUGAGGCCAUCAUCGCCAACGCCAACUACCACGACACCUCGCCGUAUCGCUGGGGGGGCAAGUCGGACAUCGAUCUCGCCGUAGACGAGAACGGCCUGUGGGUCAUCUACGCCACGGAGCAAAACAACGGGCGCAUCGUCAUCAGCCAGCUCAACCCCUACACCCUCCGCGUGGAAGGAACCUGGGACACCGCCUACGACAAGCGCUCGGCCUCCAACUCCUUCAUGAUCUGCGGGAUUCUCUACGUGGUGAAGUCGGUCUACGAAGAUGACGACAACGAGGCGACCGGGAACAAGAUUGACUAUAUCUACAACACGGAGCUGAGUAAAGAUGGCUUCCUGGACAUCCCCUUCCCCAACUCGUACCAGUACAUCGCCGCCGUGGAUUACAACCCGCGGGACAACCUGCUGUACGUGUGGAACAAUUACCACGUGGUCAAGUACUCGCUGGACUUUGGUGCCUUGGACGGUAGACCAGAAUCGUCAUCGUCUGUGAUCGUUUUUAUGGAUACCACGACAACGCGGACUACAACUCGACCGGCGACGGUUUCCAUGACGACCACGCCAACAACCAGCUCCACCACAACCACCAGGGCCUCUGCGACGACCCCCGUUGCCCAGCGACCGCGCACCACCUCGACUACUCUGCCGCCGCCAUUGCCGCCAGCAGAGGGCAAUAUCCCAGAGGGCAACACAAGGUCGUCCCCGUCCUCCAAGCUCCCCAACGUCGGCAUUGAGUACUGUAACCCCAUGAUCAUGUCAGACGUGUCUUGGCCCAAGACCAGACAGGGACUGGUGACCAGGCAACCAUGCCCAACUGGAACAAUAGGCGUGGCCAUGUAUCUGUGUAUGGGGCCUGAAGGAUACUGGGACCCCCUAGGUCCCGACCUCAGCAACUGUACGUCCCCGUGGGUCAAUGUCAUCACCCAGAAGCUCAAAGCAGGAGAGACUGCAGCCAUCAUUGCCAGGGAGUUGUCGGAGCAAACUAAGAGUAACCUUCAGGCAGGUGACAUCACCUACACAGUCAAGGCCAUGGGUCAGCUUGUGGACCUACUUGACGUGCAGCUGAGGAACCUUACCCCUGGAGGCAAAGAUAGUGCAGCCCGCAGCCUCAACAAGCUGCAGAAAAGAGAGCGCUCUUGCCGGUUUUACGUGCAGGCCAUGGUCGAGACCGUGAACAACCUGCUUCAGCCCCAGGCCCAGUCGGCGUGGAGGGACCUGAGCACCGGGGAGCAGCUGAGAGCAGCCACCAUGCUACUGGACACGGUGGAGCAAGGAGCCUUCGUCCUGGCCGACAACCUGCUCAAGACGGACAUCGUGCAGGAGAACACCGACAACAUUCAGCUGGAGGUGGCCCGGAUGAGUACGGAAGGCAAUCUGCACGACCUGAAAUUCCCACAAAGUGGCGGCCAUGGUAACUCCAUCUCCCUGUCAUCAAGCACCUUGAAACAACAUGGGAGAAACGGAGAGAUCCGGAUGGCCUUCGUCCUGUACAAACACAUCGGUGCCUACCUGUCUACAGAGAAUGCCAGCAUGAAGCUCGGCAGGGAAGCCAUGGCCACCAACUACUCUGUCAUUGUCAACUCUCCCGUCAUCACCGCAGCCAUCAACAAAGAGAACAACAAAGUCUACCUGUCUGAACCGGUCAUAUUUACCCUGAAACACCUGCAGCAAUCCAAGGAAAGCUUUAACCCCAACUGUUCUUUCUGGAGUUAUUCCAAGAGGACCAUGACGGGGUACUGGUCGACACAGGAUUGCCGGUUGCUAGGCACCAACAGGACUCACACCACGUGCUCUUGUACCCACCUGACUAACUUUGCAGUCCUCAUGGCUCACGUGGAGGUCAAGAAUACUGACCCAGUCCAUGACCUGCUGUUGGAUGUGAUCACAUGGGUUGGCAUUCUGCUCUCCCUGGUCUGCCUGCUCAUCAGCCUGUUCACCUUCUGCUUCUUCCGGGGCCUCCAGAGCGAUCGCAACACCAUCCACAAGAACCUCUGCAUCAGCCUCUUCAUUGCAGAGUCCCUCUUCCUGGUGGGGAUCAACCGAGCUGACCAACCGAUUGCCUGUGCUGUGUUCGCUGCCCUGCUCCACUUCUUCUUCCUGGCGGCCUUCACCUGGAUGUUCCUGGAGGGCGUGCAGCUCUACAUUAUGCUGGUGGAGGUGUUCGAGAGCGAGCACUCGCGCAAACGCUACUUUUACCUGGUGGGUUACGGCGUGCCAGCACUCAUCGUGGCCGUGUCGGCCGCCGUGGACUACCGGAGCUACGGCACGGACCGAGUGUGCUGGCUUCGUCUGGACACUUACUUCAUUUGGAGUUUCAUAGGACCGGCAACCUUGAUAAUUAUGCUCAACGUGAUAUUCCUAGGCAUCGCGCUGUACAAGAUGUUCCACCACACCGCCAUCCUCAAACCCGACUCGGGUUGCCUCGACAACAUCAAAUCGUGGGUGAUUGGGGCCAUCGCUUUGCUCUGUUUGCUGGGCUUGACCUGGGCCUUCGGCCUGAUGUACGUCAACGAGAGCACGGUCAUCAUGGCCUACCUCUUCACCAUCUUUAACUCCUUGCAGGGCAUGUUCAUCUUCAUCUUCCAUUGUGUCCUCCAGAAGAAGGUGCGUAAGGAGUACGGAAAGUGUCUGCGUACCCACUGCUGCAGUGGCAAGAGUGUAGAGAGUUCCAUUGGCUCUGGGAAGAGCUCAGCCUCCCGCCCACCAGGGCGCUAUUCCACAGGGUCACAGAGCCGGAUCCGUCGGAUGUGGAACGACACAGUCAGGAAACAGUCGGAGUCAUCUUUCAUAACCGGCGACAUCAACAGCUCAGCGUCGUUGAACCGAGGGGCUAUGGCUAACCAUCUUAUAACUAACGCUCUCCUCCGUCCCCAUGGCACUAACAAUCCCUAUAACACAUUGCUCGGGGAUUCGGCCGUCUAUAACAACCCGUCAGUGGGCAUGUACAACACGCAAGUGCCCUACAGAGAGACAAAGGGAAUCCUGAACAAUGCCCGGGAUACAAGUGUCAUGGAUACUCUACCACUGAAUGGUAACCACGGCUACAGCAUCGCCAGCGCCGACUACAUGAGCGACUGCGUCCAGAUCAUCGACAGGGGCUACAACCACAAGGAGACUACGCUGGAGAAGAAGAUCCUGAAAGAGCUGACGUCUAACUACAUCCCCUCCUACCUGAACAACCACGACCGCUCUGCCGAGCAAAACCGCAACCUCAUGAACAAGCUGGUGAACAACAUGAGCAAUGGAGGCAAGGAUGUUGGCCUGGGGGGGAUGGGGAUGGGGGGGAUGAACGUGGCGUUGGACUUGGAUGAGCAUUCUUCCUUCCCUCCGCACCUCCAUGAUGAAGGUCUGGGCCUGGAGUUGAUUAGGGAAGAGUCCAACGCCCCCCUUCUGCCCCAGAGACCCCCUUUGCUGCCACCCGUUGACAACCUCCACCACAACCACCUCCACAACCAGGGCCCGCCGCAUCAGCCUCCGCUCCCCCACCACCACCACCCAGCCUUCUCCUCGGCCACCACCACCUCGUCCUCGUCCCGCCGGCGGAUCCCGCAGGAGAACAGCGAGAGUUUCUUCCCCCUGCUCACCAACGAGCAUACCCUGGAUGUGGAGCCCACUUCCCCCAGCCGCCACCCCCACCACCUGCACCAUCCCAGGGACUCCCUCUACACCAGCAUGCCCGUGCUGGCAGGCCUACCGGAUACCACAGACUCCGGCACCACCACCACCACUACCGCCAUCCUCGCCGAUAAAGAUGCCGGAGAGGGCCACCCGGCAGGGGGCAAGAGCCCCGAGGCCAGCCAGGACGAUGUCUACUACAAGAGCAUGCCUAACCUGGGCUCACGUAACCAGCUGCACUCCUACUACCAACUAGGGAGGGGCAGCAGUGAUGGGUUCAUCGUGCCCCCCAAUAAGGAGGAUCUGUCCCCUGAAGAGUCCCCCCAGGAGCCCUCGCACCUGGUCACCAGCCUAUAGGCCUACAAAACCAACUCCCCUGACCCAUCCGCCCCAAUCCCUUCUCUCGCCGUGGUUCCCCCCCCCCCCCCCCCCUCCCCCCACUUCGUCCUACGCGUUCCCUUUGUGCUGAUCAAUCAGCGGCAGUGGUAGCCUUUUUUUUUUACUCUUUGUCCCGAAGACUAAAAUCGAAACUGAUGCCAGUCCCAGUACUGACCGCAGACAGAAUAUUGAAACUGUUAUGUUUUGUGGAUAAUACAUCUAGUCUGGGUUGGAUGUUGGAGAAGUCUAUUGAUGUGCAUUUCACUUCUUUCUUUUUUUUUGGUUGAGAUGCCCGAACCCUGUGUGGAUUGAUGUUUUCCCCUUAGUGUGAGGGGAGAUGAGCACUCGGGACGGUGGGAUCUCGUGCUCUGAAAUGCGAUUUGACAGUCCAAAGGAACUACAAACAGCCACAAAAAAACAUUCUGCUACUAGUAGAUGUGUAGAGUUCAAAUCAGAACAAAUCAAGAAAGACUAUUUUAUUAUACUUCUGUAUCCAUAAUGGCUUUUUAAGAGGUUUUCUUCCUCUCUAGUGAUAUUGCAGCACAUUUUUUUUCUGAAGUGUUCCUGCAAGUUCGACUAAACUGAUUUUGAACAAUAUCAUGAAGGACUUCUUUAAAUCCCAUGUGCUUUACAGCAUAUUUUUUGUUUUGUUGUUUUAUUUUUAUUUUGCUGUAACAAUAACAGUUGUCGAAAAAGAGGGAGAGAAAAAAACAAAUAACAGAAUUAUGAGAUAUUUCUAUGUAAAUGUACAGAUACUAGCGUUGCACAUAUUAGUAUAAUUUUUGUUCCACCCAAACCUUUGUCUCUGUAAAUGUAGUUGGUUAGGAGCAUUUCCUUUCUGUUGUGCUGGUCUUGACACCAGUAUGAGCAUUUUUUUCAAGAAACGACAAACAAAGCAACAAAACGAAAUAACACCCCAAAAAAAUCACAAAACAAAACACUUACCGUACAUGAUUUUUCUCUCUUUAGCAAUGUAACCACCAAUGUUUUCCAAGCCAUUUUUAUUUCACAGUUUGAUUAUUUCUUCACUGUGUAGAUAGAAAGAGAAUGAUGGUUCACACACCAUAGAAGGAACACAUCACAAGUGUCUGAAAAGUUAGCCAAGUGUUGGCCUGCAUCAGUUAUAAGAGACCGGUGCAUUCUUAGAGAGACAGAACACGUCGAAUAUCAAUAAGCACUAGGCAAACCGAAAAAGAGGCCGUAUUUUACUUUUUGAAGAGUGAACGUUUCUAGUGAGAAAAACAACGGGAAAUGUAUUUUCUUUUCUUCCUCAAGGGUAAAGCUUAUUUAUUUAUUAGUUCAAACUACAAAAUAGAGUGAAAAAUUGAGGUAAAGAAUUCCGCAGCACAGAUUCAUUUUUAUUGUGAGUGGUUAUGGCUUUUUUUAUUUAUUCAUUUUUGUAUUGGUUUCCAAGUUGAAUGACCUCAUAACUAAUAUUUGUUGUAACAGUGAAACUUGUUUGCCAACAAAUAAAUGACUGAUUAAGAUUUACCACAUAGUUAUCACAAAGGUUGUGUUUUUCUGUGGGUUUUACAUUGCUAUUACUCCACAAGGCAACGCAAGGCCUUGCAUAUAAAGGUGUUGUACGAGCUCUGUUUACAUAGCUAUUUCAUGAACACAAUACAUGGAAAUGUGUCACUGCUGGUAUAAUAUUUACUCUGAACAUGGAGGAUAACAUGUGGGCGAACAAGAGAGUGAACAUCCAUCAGUUUACCCUGACAUGAGCUAUGAAGAAAGGUGGGUAAGCAAUCAUUCAUUUUUUUUGUAUUAAUAUUUGCCUUGAUUAUUACUUGAAUAUCUGUCAUGACCAUGUUUUUUUUUGUUCAAAUGAUUGACUUUCUCAACUGAGUGGGUAUGGAGACUGCUGCAGUUAUAGUGGCCAUGUAAAAAAAAAAACGAAACAAAAUUACACCACAGCAUAGAUGUCUUAUCUUGUCCAUAGACUUCUUAUAGACUAAGGAAACCAAUGUCAUUUUGAAAUUUGGGUGAACUGUCCCUUGAACAUUUUGCCCUUUCCAGAUGUUUUAACUUUUCCAAUGCUUGAUGACAGGACCGUGGUCAGCUAUGUGAUGGUAAUGACCCAAUAUGACAUGACAUGCGUCAUAUAAUGUUGUGCAAGCUGUAGCUACAUGUACUGUAUGUCAAGAUGCUUAUAGUGAAGAGCCAUUGGAUCGGACAAUGAAUGUCAUGCCAGUGUUGUACUGUACAUAAAAUAUGGUCCAUGCUGUGUAGACUGUUGCAUUUGACAAUUCAUAUGAAGCAGUAACAUUUCACCCAAUCAAAUAUAUUGUUUCUGAAACUCG